AUGGAGACUUACUACGGACACGUCCGCACACCGGCGGACGCCAUCAUCUUGUUUGAGGCCUGUCGCAUUGGUCUGCUGCCACGAGUACAAAGGCGUCUUUCUGAGAAGGAACGACAGUCAAUCAGAUCGGGAUCAGUAUUCGUCUGGGAUGAGCGAGAAGCGGGCAUGCGCCGAUGGACAGACGGCAAAUCAUGGAGCGCCAGCCGAGUGUCCGGCAGCUUUCUGACAUAUCGGGAGAUGGAAGGCAAGCGGGGUGGUGGCAGCGUCUCACAAGGCUCCAUGCCUAGAACGGGCAAGACACCGGACAGUAGAGGAAGCGACGAGGAGCGAGGUGACGGCACCGACGAGGGUCCUGAUGGAUACCGGUACAAGCCCGAUGGAUUGAUGAAACAGUCAUUCAGUAUCACAACUUCCACUGGCCAGCACCUUCACCUGAUCAGCUACUACGCUCGCGCUCACUCAUCUGCCAUGUCUCUUCAACAACCCACCACGGAUCCCGCCCUGCGUCAUGUUCGACCCCAGAAGGGCCUGUAUCCGGAGUCAACGGUGAACGAUCAACAGAACCUUCCGGUGGUCACUCGUGGACCCAUGCCUGGAGCUGCUUACCCCAUCACUCCUCACCCCAUCGGCCCGUAUCCUCGUGCAACCCACGCACCUUCGUAUCAACAACCCUCGUAUGCAUGGCCUCCAACACCCUUGGCCACACCACCAACAGUAUCCGUUCAUUACGGUCCGGGCUAUCCCCAACUCGUCCCUGGCGCCAAUGGUCCCCCACCAUAUGGCCACCCGCAUCAAGCCGCCCCUCACCCAGCCCACGGCCAUGCACUCCCCCCCGCCUCCCCAUGGCGCACCGGUUACCCUGGUCGAUCACCUCGCACAAUGCACGAGCCUCUCCAACAAGGAAGCCCCCGAGGUUACGGGCAGCCCAUGGCCGAUCCCCGUCUCGCCUCGCCCCGCGUCGCUCCCGCACCUGGCGCUCCACAGCCCAACGGUAUCGCGCAAAGCCCGCACAUGCUGAAGCAACAACUCGGUCCCAUCGGUACUCCCCCCAAACCCGCUGAGCCGGUCGGUCCCCCGGGUACCGUUCCUAGUAUUGGAACCCUCAUGGCUAGUGCAUCUCUGGCCCCGAUCUCCUCAACCGGCCCUCCCGUAGGCCCGGGUAGUCCCAACCCUGCUCGCCCCGGUGCGGUAGGCGAAGGACCCCGAGAUAUUCCCAAUGAGAAGAUUGGAUUUGGAGGAGAAGACAUGCGGGCUUUGCGUCAGCUGGACCGCGUGUUCAUCGCGUAA